ACGUAUUGCUACAAUUUUGCUUGUCCACAUUUUGGCCACGAGUUUUAGAAAACACUCUUCUUCUCCCCUCCCCACAAAGGCGGUGGCAAAGGCUUGGAGUCUCGGUAGCCCAGAGAGAGAGAGAGAUUACAAUCGAAAGGAAACCCAGUUGAGAUUUUCGCUCAUUCCAUUCGUAUACCUUACCAAAAUCUCAUUCCACCUAAACCCAAAAGAAAACCAAAUGAUGAGGGCGAUCGCUUCACGUUUUCUCCACUCAUAUUCCUCUCCCUCCAAACUCAGUACAGUAGCUGCAUCCAGAAAUGGAAGAUUUUUGUCAACAGGUCCUUCCAAGGUAGAAGAACCUGUCCAAGUCGACGAAGCAGAGACAGUAGAAGUCCCACCACCUCUAACAGAAAAGUUACUUGUUUUGGGAGGAAAUGGAUUUGUUGGUUCACAUGUAUGCAGAGAAGCUCUAAAGCGUGGUUUAACUGUAUCUAGCCUUAGCAGGUCAGGGAGGCCAUCUGUGAAUGAGGCUUGGGCUCACGAAGUCUUUUGGCAUCAAGGAGAUCUUCUCCUGCCUGAGUCAUUGAAGGAUGCAUUGAAUGGAGUGACCUCUGUGAUCUCAUGUGUUGGAGGGUUUGGCUCAAACUCACAUAUGUAUAAAAUCAAUGGAACUGCAAAUAUUAAUGCUAUUAGAGCAGCAGCUGAACAAGGUGUGAAAAGAUAUGUUUACAUCUCUGCUGCUGACUUCGGCUUGGUAAAUUACCUGCUACAAGGAUAUUAUGAGGGAAAGAGAGCGGCUGAAACGGAACUGAUGAUUAGAUUCCCGUAUGGAGGUGUGAUUCUGAGGCCCGGUUUUAUACACGGAACUCGUCAAGUUGGGAGCAUGAAGAUACCUUUAGGCGCUAUAGGGUCUCCAUUGGAGACGGUUCUCAAACACGCAAAGCCACUCAGCCAAAUCCCACUGGUUGGCCCGCUGUUAACACCUCCGGUCAGCGUGAAUUCAGUGGCAAGGGUUGCUGUAAGAGCUGCAACAGAUCCUGUGUUCCCUCCCGGUAUCGUUGAUGUGUAUGGUAUACUACGACACAGCCAACAAAAGUCCGUUUAGAUCUGUUGACCGUUUCUUCCGGUUGUUUUUUUGUUCGAAUCGAUAUCUUUGUUCUUACUAGAGUACUUGUCUAAAUGCCGGUCCAAAAAUAAGUCUAUUGACCGUUUCUUCCGGUUGUUCUUUUGUUCGAAUCGAUAUAUUUGUUCUUACUAGAGUACUUGUCUGAUGCCGGUCCAAAAAUAAGUCUGUUGACCGUUUCUUCUGGUUGUUCUUUUGUUCGAAUCGAUAUCUUUGUUCUUACUAGAGUACUUGUCUGAUGCCGGUCCAAAAAUAAGUUAGUGUCUUUCAAAUGGCUGCAAAGUAGACCAAUGCAGUGGUGAGAUGCUGUCAUCUGGGUUUUCGGAUAGUGAUUUUUGCACUCCCUUUGUUACCAUCUGCGCUUCCUUUUGUAUUUUGUAUUCAUGUGAAUUUAUUACAUUACCCUUUCAUGUGGAAAUCAAUUUACUUCCCAGUUCUAGUUUUCCUUUAA